AGCACCAGCGACCUGCCUGCGACUGCGAGCGAAAAUCUCGGGAGAGAGAAAAAAUCUAGCCAGGAGAGGCCGGAGGAGGAGGACUAGGAGGAGGAGGCAUGUCGUGGCAGGUGUACGUGGACGAGCACCUGCUCUGCGACAUCGAGGGCCAGCGCCUCACCGCCGCCGCCAUCCUCGGCCACGACGGCUCCGUCUGGGCGCAGUCCGAUAACUUCCCCCAGGUCAAGCCUGAAGAAAUCACUGGAAUAAUGAAUGACUUCGAUGAACCAGGAUCUUUGGCACCAACUGGAUUAUACAUUGGUGGUGCAAAAUACAUGGUUAUCCAGGGUGAACCUGGAGUUAUCAUCCGGGGCAAAAAGGGACCAGCAGGGGUUACUAUCAAGAAGACGAAUCUUUCACUCGUCAUUGGACUCUACGAGGAGCCAAUGACUCAUGGACAGUGCAGCAUUGUUGUGGAGAGGCUUGCUGAUUACCUUCUUGAGCAGAGCUUCUGAUCUUUGAAACCUAGUUUGGGCCAACUGGGCUUAUAUAUGCCUACUGAAACGUACCAUCAUGUACCCUAUGAAUAAUUAGCACAAGUCCAAAUACGAAUUCAACCAGCAGUGGUUCCUCAUUAUGUUGGAGUUGCUUACUACAUUUCAUGGGGCUUAUGUGUAAUCUUUAAACAAUAUGGUUGUUAUAUUUUUGCCGAGCACUAAUACCCUGCAAUGGAUGAAAAUGACAA